UAAUUACAUAAUUUCUGUGUGUAAAAAUACGUUUUCAAGAAUACAAAUUCAAAAUAUUUAUACAAGAAAUACUGACUAAAUAAGUGAGCAUGGCCACAGACGUAAUUUCGGCGUUGGAACUGGAUAAGGAAAAUAUUCAAAGUAGGGUUAUAGUGGUUAAGGAAAUCAAUAACUGUAGUAGUUCUUUUAUAACCAGUAGUGUUUUAGGUCAUUUAAUAAAGAAGAAAAGUGCAGUUCUUAUUAUAUCUACUCAUAAUUCAAUAAAACACUAUCAGAAUGUUGGUUUGAAAAUGAAUUACAACCUAAACAGAUGUAUAGAUGAUGGUUUGGUACAGUUUUACAAUUUAGGUGAGGAAUAUGUGGACAAAAUGCUGGAAAAUGAUCAUAUAUCUCUGGAGCAUAUUUAUCAGAACAUCAAAGAUAAAGCUGAAUGUAUGAGGAACAAAUAUAAUGUAGUAAACAUUAUAUUUGAUGGUGUAUCACAUUUGUUAGAUAUGCAUUAUAAUCUGAAAGAAGUUAAUCUAAUUUGUUCAAAGGUUAUUGAAUUAAUUAGAGAGUAUAACUCAUUACUUAUAUGUCACUGUAAUGUAGCCAAUGAUCAUGAUUUGACUCAUGUUUUGGCUAAUUUUCUUUCACAUAAAGCAUUUAUGGUGGUUGAAGUUGAGAAUCUCGCAUCAGGAUGGAGUAGUGAUGUGUCAGGGCAUAUGACAAUAAAAUAUCCUGGCAAAAAGUUUGAUAAAGAACACAUGUAUUCAUUGGAUAUCAAACCGGCUCAAUAUUUAUUCAAAUUAUUUGAUAGAGGUGUGAAACUACUUGCACCUGGUACUGUAUAAUAUUUUGAAGGUGUUUAUUGACAUGUUGCUUAU